AUGUCUUCACCCGUCACCUCUCAAGGCUCUAUGGAGGGAACUCUGAGUGAGAAGGGCGUCAUCUUGGAACAGCCGACCGAGAAAACUUUUAUGGCCCCCGCACCAGACCAGGGGCCCCAGGCAGUCUCAGACAGCUCCGUGCAAUCAGCUUCCUCUUUACCGAGCAGCAUGGGAGACGGCGAAGUCGGCGGCGAACAGCUUCUCAACCACAAUCCUCCCUGUUCAGACUGUUGUUGCAGCUAUGGAUGUGAGGUAUCUGUGCAGGGGAUAGGUGAAUGCUGCGAUAUCAUGGCGGAGUGUUUGACGGAAGCGCUGCAAGGUUGUCUGUCGUGCAUGACAUGUGAUUUGGACUGA